UCUGAACCCACAGACACUUAGAUCUUUUUAUUUUCUCUUUCAUUCUCAUUUUCACCCUACUAAUAUGGAAAGCUCGAUUACACUUUGACUUUGUCCCUCCCUCCUCUUUUGGCAUUCGAUAUAUACUUACCCCCACAAAGGCAAUUUCCAACUCUCCUCUGUACUUCAUUGCAUUAACCACGGGAGACAAUAUCAUCUACAAAACAUCAAUUAAUGGGUGAAUUUGGAGUUCAACCAUCCUCAUUCUCUUCCAAUUACACAAACAACAUGGUGUUGGACACGUCAAACAAGUCAAAAACAGAGGAACCAGAAGAGAAACGCUGGACAAAGCGAACAAGAGAUCAGUAUUCUAACUGUACUGAAAACAGAGCAUACCCAGUUUAUAGAGGAGUUCGAAUGCGAAGUUGGGGCAAGUGGGUGUCUGAAAUUCGGCAACCUCGUAAGAAAUCUCGUAUUUGGCUCGGUACUUAUCCUACUCCAGAAAUGGCUGCAAGAGCACAUGAUGUUGCCGCGCUUAGUAUUAAAGGAGAAUCAGCCAUUCUUAACUUCCCUCAACUUGUUGAGUCACUUCCUCGUCCAGCUUCAGUUUCACCUACAGAUGUUCAAGCUGCUGCUGCAAAAGCAGCUGCAAUGGACGAUGUCCUAAAUUCUGUAUCUUCUUCAUCUUCGUCUUCGUCUUCAGUAUCAGAAGAACUGCUAGGCCAGAUUACAGAGCUACCGAGUUUGGAGGGGGCUUUUGACUCGGACGAGUUGAAGUUGAGUGACUCGGCUGAUGGGUGGGUAUAUCCGCCAUCGCCGUGGGGGGCAUUCGACGGCGAAUUUUAUAGCUAUUCAUUUGAGCAGACUGCCAUUGGAGAGAGUUUAAUAUCUACCACAGAUUGGAGAUGCUGAAAUGGGCUUGAAUCUUGAUAGUGUUGAUCAAGUGUGGCCAUCAUAGCUUUUUUUACUUUUUUCAUUAUUUUUUUUGUUGUGAGUGAAAAAAGAGUUUCUUUGCCUUGGGAUGAUAUGGUAUGCUUUGUUCAUAAUCAUAAUCAUAAUUCUUCUUCUUACA